CCUGGUGUACAUGGAGGACAAGCGGCUGCUGGACGAGUACGUGCUCAACGACCUGGGCAAGAUCUGGGUCGGCCCGUACGGCACGUGCCGCGGCCGCGAGUGGGUGUUCGGCCAGUUCGACGACUGCGUGCUGCCCGCCGCCAUGAUGAUGCUGGACCGCGCCAUGGGCUGCGCGCCCGUCAGCCGCGCCGACCCCAUCCGGGUCACCAGAGCGCUCUCGCGGAUCGUGAACUCCAACGACGAGGACGCGGCCAUGUCCGGCGUGCUGGCGGGCAAAUGGAGCGGCGAGUACAAGGACGGCAUGGCGCCCGCUGCCUGGACAGGUUCAGUGGGCAUCCUGGAGGAGUACCUGACCACUGGUCAGGAGGUCAAGUACGGCCAGUGCUGGGUGUUCGCCGGGGUCCUCACCACAGUGUGCCGCGCCCUCGGAAUCCCUUCUCGCGUGGUGUCUAACCUGGUGUCGGCACACGACGCCAACGCCUCUCUGACCGUGGACCGCUACUACGACCUCCAGAACGAGGUCGUCCCGUACGACCCGCUCAACUGGGAGGGCGAGGACUCGGUCUGGAACUACCACGUGUGGAACGAGGCGUGGAUGGUGCGCCCCGACCUGCCCAAGGGCUACGGCGGCUGGCAGGCGAUCGACUCCACGCCACAGGAGACCAGCGACGGGUUCUUCCAGUGCGGGCCGGCGUCGGUGGAGGCCAUCAAGUGCGGCGCCGCCGGCUUCAGCUACGACGUGCCGUUCAUGCUGGCCUCGGUGAACGCUGACUUGGUCCGCUGGAAGGAGGACCCCGGGUCGCCGCGCGGCUACACCAAGAUCUACACCAACAAGUACCACAUUGGGAAGUGCAUUUAUACCAAAGCCCCAUGGAUAUUCGACCCGAACGGAGACACUGACAGACAAGAUAUCACAAGCUCUUAUAAGGCACAGGAAGGGACUUCCAUGGAGCGUCUUUACCUCAUGAACGCCGUAAGAAACCUUGAGAGGGCGAAAGAAUUCUUUGAAGUCCCCACUUCACCUCAUGAAAACGUGAUUUUUGACCUGGUGGAGCUCGACAAAAUAAAGCUUGGUGAGAACUUCAGUGUUACUGUCAACAUCGAGAACAAAUCAAGUGAAGUUCGAACUAUCAAGGCUGCGGUUUCAGCAGCCACUAUUUUCUACACAGGCAUCAAAGAUAAGCUGGUGAAAAAGGCAACUGGAACGUUCAAGAUAAUGCCGAACAAAAAAGAUAAAUUGCAACUAAUAGUGGAUGCAGGAGAAUACAUGGACAAGCUGGUGGAAUACUGUCUUAUCAAGAUUUAUGCCAUAGCCACAGUAGAAGAAACAAACGAAACGUGGGCAGAUGAAGAUGAUUUUGAUGUCCAGAAACCGAAACUAGACAUUCAGGUGACAAAGGAAAUAACAGCAAAUGAACCAGGAACUGUUAUCUUUAGCUUCACCAACCCUCUGAAAAAAAUUCUGACAAAAUGUUUUUUCAAGUAUGAAAGUCCAGGCGUCACCAAGCCACAGUCAAUCCCAUACAGGGACGUCGGGCCGGGGGAGACGGCGCAGUUGGAGCGCAGCUUCGCGCCGCGGGCGACCGGCGAGGUGAGGCUGGUGGCCAGCUUCUCGUCCUCGGAGCUGGUCGACGUCACCGGCUCGGCGGUGCUGCAGGUCCGCUGAGACCUCGGGCCCCCACCCUACUAACCCCCGCACCUCUGCUGCUCGUGGUGCUAUGCGCUCUUGAACACUACAUCAACUUAUACUGACUUCUCAAAGACGAUUUCACCUCAAAUAAACGUAGAGUGCCAACCGAAUAUCUUCGUAGAAACUGUGUCGUAUUUAAAAUUCUGGAUUAUGUUCAUCGGUCUGAAAGAAUACACACACACACACACACGUUAAUCAGUGUUUUUUUGCGUUAGUCCUAAACAAUUUUUAUUUUUUAUUUUUCCCCCUCUUCAAUACAAAGAUCAUUUAAGUAUAAUAAUAAUAAAAGUAAGUAAACUCUCUACCCGUAAUAAUACGGAUAUAACGAUAAACUUGCGAAAAUCACAAGAUAAUUUGUAAAUCAGUGUUCUCGGUAGAUUUAAGGUUAAAUUGUUUGACGGCGUGUGUGUCGGAAUUCGACUGACAAAUUCGACUGCAGGUUCGUCGCAAAAUAUAAGAUUAAAAACUUUUUUCUACGCCUUUGGUCUUCAUUGCUUCCCAAAUAUGGUUAAUGCCUUUUCGAUAUUUCAUCUGAACAAACUGUUUUACACUGAGAGAAAUGUUGUUUUUUUUUGCCUCACAAAAUCAGUUUUGUUGCAAUUCUGAUGUAAUAUUUAUUUUUAUAAGAAAACUUAUUAGUUAUAUUUCAACUGUCGCGUUUAAAUCGUUGAAAUCAAAAUCCAUAGUGAGUACGAUCAAAAUUUUUGUAUGACACCAAAACCACAGAAUGUAGGGUAUUUGAUAUCUGUGUCUAAUCUGACAUGUGCGAUAAAUUGACAAUAAAACAUGAGAAAUUAAGUUUGCAUGUGGAACCAUGGAUGAAUAUGCAUAUAAUGUAAUUCAUUUGAAUGAACACACUUAACAUUAGGUACCACCAAUAAAAUUUAAUAAUGAGUAAAUAUAAUUAAAGAAAAAUUAAAGGUUGUUUCUGGGCUACGCUUGCAGCUCUAAAUUAAUUUUAUAUUUCUUAUACUGCAAAUAACAAUUAAUACUGAGUGUAUGUAUUUUAUUUGCGGUAAAUUCCGUGAUAACAUCAAAUUUAAUAUAGAACUCUAAUUAUUUAUAUUUUACUGAAAUGGCUAUUUGGUCCAGCCCAUAUAUCACGUUAAGCUAUUAACAGCACGUAGGUAACUAUUCGUGAUGGCGGAUUGUGGUAGUAAUGAAACUAAUUAAGAAGACAGUAUACACGAUGUAUCACAAAGCAAGUAAAAUUAAUAUUGAAAAAUUAUCAUGGUUAUUUUGCUGUGGUUGAAGAUUUUUUGUGUGUAACAUCUUAACUUUCGGUAAACGGCAAUUGGUGGGAAUGAUAGCAAAGUUAUUU